CCCGCUGGCUCUGCGGGCGCCGGGCAGCUGCAGCGGGCGGCCGGGGCUGCGCGCUCGGGACGCGCGGAAUGUGAGGCGCGGCGAGCCGCUGCGCACCGACGCUCGCGCGCGCGAAGGGCGGCGACCCCUCGAAGACAGUCGGCCGCGCCCGGCGCUCCGCUGCGCGACGCGCGGGUCCGGGCUCUCGCCCUCGCGCGCCCUAGUGCCCUCCUGGUGCCCUCCAGCGCGCCGGCGGGACCAUGAAGAAGUUCUCUCGGAUGCCCAAGUCGGAGGGCAGCGGCGGCGGGGCGGCGGCUGGCGGGGCCGCGGGCGCCGGGCUCGGCGGCGGCUUCACAAGCUCGUCCAUGGGGGUCCGGGUGUUCGCCGUCGGCCGCUACCAGGUCACCCUGGAGGAGUCGCUGGCCGAAGGUGGAUUCUCCACUGUUUUCCUGGUGCGGACUCACAGUGGGAUCCGAUGUGCACUGAAGCGAAUGUAUGUCAAUAACACACCUGACCUCAACAUUUGUAAAAGGGAAAUCACGAUUAUGAAAGAGCUAUCUGGCCACAAAAAUAUUGUCGGUUAUUUGGACUGUGCUGUCAAUUCAAUUAGUGACAAUGUGUGGGAAGUGCUUAUCCUAAUGGAAUAUUGUCGAGCUGGGCAGGUUGUGAACCAGAUGAAUAAGAAGCUGCAGACAGGCUUUACCGAGUCAGAAGUCCUACAAAUCUUCUGUGAUACUUGCGAAGCUGUCGCACGAUUGCAUCAAUGUAAGACUCCCAUAAUCCACCGGGAUCUGAAGGUAGAAAAUAUUUUGCUAAAUGAUGCUGGAAAUUAUGUGCUUUGUGACUUUGGCAGUGCCACUAAUAAAUUUCUCAAUCCUCAAAAAGAUGGAGUUAAUGUAGUAGAAGAAGAAAUUAAAAAAUACACGACUCUGUCAUAUAGAGCCCCAGAAAUGAUCAACCUUUAUGGAGGGAAACCGAUCACCACCAAGGCUGAUAUCUGGGCCUUGGGAUGUUUACUGUAUAAACUUUGUUUCUUCACUCUUCCUUUUGGUGAGAGUCAGGUUGCUAUCUGUGAUGGCAGCUUCACCAUCCCAGACAAUUCUCGCUACUCCCACAACGUGCAUUGCUUGAUUAGGUUCAUGCUUGAACCAGACCCCGAGCGCAGACCUGACAUAUUUCAAGUAUCUUACUUUGCGUUUAAAUUUGCCAAAAAGGAUUGUCCGGUCUCCAACAUCAAUAAUUCUUUUCUUCCAUCAAUUCUUCCCGAGCCGAUGACUGCUACUGAAGCCGCUGCUAGGAAAAGCCAGAUGAAAGCCAGAAUAACAGAUACCAUUGGACCAACAGAAACCUCAAUUGCACCAAGACAAAGACCAAAGGCCAAUUCCACUGCUGCCACUUCCAGUGUGCUGACCAUUCAGAGUUCAGCAACGCCUGUCAAAGUCCCUGCUCCUGGGGAAUUCAGCAACCACAAGCCCAAAGGAGCAUUGAGACCUGGAAAUGGGUCUGAAGUCUUAAUGGUUCAGGGACCCCCUCAGCAACCCCCACAGCAGCAUAGAGUCCUCCAGCAGUUGCAGCAGGGAGACUGGAGAUUACAGCAACUUCAUUUGCAUCGUCAUCCCCACCACCACCAGCAGCAACAGCAACAACAGCAACAACAGCAGCAGCAACAACAGCUGCAGCAACAGCAGCAGCAACAGCAACUACUUCAAAAUGCUUACUUGCAGCAGUAUCAGCAUGCAAUGCACCAGCAGCAGAUACUUCAGCAACAGUUUCUAAUGCACUCAGUGUAUCAGCCACAACCGCCUGCAUCCCAGUAUCCUGCCAUGAUGCAGCAGUAUCAGCAGGCUUUCUUGCAGCAGCAGAUGCUAGCUCGCCAUCAGCAGCCAACACAGCAGGUAUCACCUGAGUAUCUUACCUCCCCUCAAGAGUUCUCACCAGCCUUAGUUUCCUACGCCUCGUCAAUUCCAGCUCAGGUUGGAACCAUAGCGGACUCUUCUUACGGUGCCAACAGGUCAGUUGCUGAGAAAGAGGCAGAUUUUACAAGUCAGAAGGCCAUCAGUCACCCUCCUGACAUGUCAGGCUGGAAUCCUUUUGGAGAAGACAAUUUUUCCAAGUUAACAGAAGAGGAACUAUUGGACAGAGAAUUUGACCUUCUAAGAUCAAACAGGCUCGGGGAGAGCACACCCUCAGAUAAGACUGUAGACCCGCCCCCCGCUCCACAUAGCCGUCUUCCGGAGGAGCCUUUUGCUUCCGUCCCUUUCAUUUCUCACUCAGGUUCUCCUGAAAAGAAAACGACGGAACAUUCUCCAAAUCAAAAAUCUAUCACUGCAAACCCUACCAAAAAUGGAGGCUCAAGUCUACUAUGUAAAGAUCAGCGAGCCGGAAAGAAAACCUCCGAGAAUCCCAUAAUUAGGGGUCAAGUGCAAAAGGGACAUGAUGAUUCUGAAAGUGAUUUCGAAUCAGACCCCCCUUCUCCUAAGAGCAGUGAAGAAGAACAAGAGGAUGAAGACGCACAGGGAGAACAUGGGGACUUUAAUGAUGACGACACUGAGCCGGAGAACCUGGGUCACAGGCCUCUGCUGAUGGACUCUGAAGAUGAGGAAGAGGACGACAAACACAGCUCUGAUUCAGAAUGUGAACAGGCAAAGACCAAGAGAGGAGACGCGAGCUCCCUGCACAGGGACAAACCCGGCGUGGUCCCAGACACAGCCCUCUUGACCCCGGCCUGCUCGCCUGCUGAUGCGCUGACUCCCAGUCAGGAGUUCGACGUGUUUGGUGCUGUUCCCUUCUUUGCAGUGCCUGCUCCGCAGCGCCUGCAGCACAGAGGGGAUGGGAAGAACCUGUCCCAGCAUACUUUUCCAGAGCAGGAGGACUUUGACGUGUUCACAAAGGCACCCUUCAACAAGAAGGUCAGUGUACAGGACUGGCCCGCGGUGGGGCCAGAUGCCCGUCCUCUGCCUGCACGGCCCAGAAGUGUAGAUAUAUUUGGCUCCACUCCCUUCCAGCCGUUCUCCGUGUCAGCCAGUAAAAGUGAAAGCAAGGAGGAUGUUUUUGGGCUCGUGCCCUUUGAGGAAAUAACUGGGAGUCAGCAGCAGCAGAAAGUCAAGCAGCGCAGCUUGCAGAAACUCUCCUCUCGCCAGAGGCGCACAAAGCAGGAUGUGUCCAAAAGCAAUGGGAAGCGCCAUCACGGCACCCCUACCAGCGCCAAGAAGCCUCUGAAGCCCCCCUACCGCACGCCCGAGAGGGCCCGCCGACACAAGAAGGUGGGCCGCAGAGACUCCCAGAGCAGCAAUGAGUUCUUAACCAUUUCUGAUUCCAAGGAGAACAUCAGCGUCGCGCUGACAGAUGGCAAAGACAGGGCCAGUGUCCUGCCAUCUGACGAGAGUCUGCUGGACCCUUUCGGUGCCAAGCCCUUUCAUCCUCCAGACUUGUGGCACCAGCCCCAUCAAGGCCUAAGCGACAUCUGUGUUGAUCACACCACCAUUUUGCCUGGGAGGCCACGACAGAAUUCAGUACACGGGUCCUUCCACAGCGCAGAUACAUUGAGAAUGGAUGACUUCGGUGCUGUGCCCUUUACAGAACUCGUGGUGCAAAGCGUCACUCCACAACAGUCCCAACCGGUCGAACUAGACCCCUUUGGUGCUGCUCCAUUUCCUUCUAAACAGUAGAAACUUCAGGUGGACUCAGCAAUAACUCCUGUUUCAAAAGAGUAUGAAUAGUCUUAGGAAUCUGGAAGAAAAAGUAUUUGUAUAGUUGUUUAUAUCAUACACUCUCACAGGUUAAUCAGGAUAGGUGAUUUUUAAAUAAACCAAAUGGAAUUGUUUGUACAGGGUAGUAAGUGGAUGCCUUCUUCAAGCAGGAGGAGGCCUAAAUCAAAAGUUCCAAGGGCUUUUGCUACUGACAGCUAGCUCAGAGGUUCCCUUGAGCUCCCUGGGAAAGCUGCUGUGUAGCCGAUGAGGGACAGGAAGGCUUAUCACUUCAGAUAUCAACAUGUCACCUAGGUGCACACCCCAGAUGCAGCAUUUGGGGCCAGGCUGAAUGAAUGUUUCCACCCAUGAGGAAACAGCCUAGAGUGUGCUCUUCAUACACUGUUUUGUAAGGUAGAGCCAGAAGAAACUGACUAUCGUGCCUAAAAAUACUGUUUCAUUUAAAAAACAAAACAAAAACAAAACAAGUGCCAUUAAUAAUGGACUCUUCAAUGAUAAGUAUAAGAAAUAAUGUAUAUAUUAACUCACUUUAGCCCUUCUAUGGUGUAUAGCUCAAAACAUGUAUAUGAUAAUAUAUAUGCAGUUUUUAAUUUGUCAAAAAUAAAUUUUUACAAUGUGGAAUGCCUAGAACAAAAAUAAAAAGAGAAAUAUCUGGCAUUUGAAAAAAAUGUAAAAGAAUGAUACGUAAAAAAGAAAAGCAACAUUUGGUACGUCAGAAAUACUUUGUCUUUGAAUGGGAAUUUGCCAAAACCUUUAUCAUCAUGUCCCUACUGAAGUACAUUGAUAGAAAGGGGGGGGGGCAGGUUAUAUAGAAAUUUAAUUUCAGAACCAAUGUAGCUAAAACUUUAAUUUUUAAAGAAGUUUACAAUGUAAAAUCAUGUUGCAUUUACUGACCUACUUUCUGCCAGCCCCACCCUCGUCCAGCACUGGGGAGUCCUGGGCUGCAGUUCCUUCAGGGUGCUCCGACAGUGACAGACUCUGCAUUGACAGCCAGGACCCUCAGUGGAUGGAAGAACUGGGUGGUGGGACUAGGAGCUUAAUUCUGCUACCUGACUGCAUCAGUAGUGAAAAGAACUAAGCUACCAAAUUGCCUUUUAAAAAAAAUACCACCAGUCAUAAUAAGAAACUUGAAAUUUUAUAGUUGUGGUUAGUGAUAGCGGUUACACAUCAGUUAAUGUGAAUGUACUAUCCCUGCUUCCUGUGUCUGUCAUAAGUUAUGAUUAGCUGUCUUUACAGAUGAGCAUUUGAAGUUUCUAGGUCAACAGCUAUUGCUAUUGAUUGCUAUAUUUUAAGUUAACUAUCUUUGCCCCCAAUUAGUGUACCUUAAUGAGUAACCUUAUUAAAACCUCUUAACUUUAGUGCCCCAGAGGGUAAAUCAUUUGCCUACUUUCAGAGUUCGGAACUUGGAAAGAAGCAAAAUACAUAACCAAGGCAUGGUCCUUUUAUAUCUCUUGUCUCCUCCUCUGUGAACUCAAUGGGGAUAGUGUGGACAGGAGCAGGCCACACCAUGCCACGCAGAACCGGGCUGCACCACUUACUGUCCUGUGCCAAAGGCAGAGCCUAUGUUUGCACCUUUUUUUUCUGGUUCUCAGGUUAAUUAAUCUAACUAACGCAAAUGGCAGUAGACCCUUUAAGCUACAAAGCAGAUUCAGUAAUGCUUUCUUUUUAAAGUAGUGAUGAACUGAUGUGGUCUUCUGCAUUGUGAAUAUGAAAUCAGAGUUCCACUUGCCUUUCAAUGCACUGAAUAUUUUAAGGCGACUCACUGACAAAACCCCUCCAGCUUACUCUGGACAAAUUCUUAGGAAACAACUCUGCUACAGCUCAAAAUGUUUACAUUGCCUCGGACAGCCCAGCAGGCGACGCUCCUCUUGGGACCCGCUCAUUGGACCGAUGACUUAAUUGGCGGUCCAAUGGGUAGCUCCUUUGCAUUGCUGUUAGAGGCAUCUUCUCAAGAUGAGGAGACUCCAUUUAAAUUUCAGUCUCAGCAGCCACUGUCACCCUGUACAGCUGAGCCUUAGGUAGCUAAUUCCCUCACAAGAACUUGGCUCCCAUGCACAGGAGAGCACUUACCAGCACCCAACACUCACUGAACAGCUGGCCCAGUUCUGGCUUAACGAAUGUCAUUUGGGUGUGCCCUGUGCUUCUAAGUAUGCAAAGCAGUUCCAACUAAACCUGUUAGACUUGAACAUCAAAGGGAAGUCACGUGAGGGGCCCCGAGUUGUCAGCUAGAAGCUUUAGCAGUGCUCACUGACUCUGAAUCUGCCUAAAAAGUGGACCCUUCUGAACCCACUGUGAACACGUCAAUAAAAGGUCAGUGUCGCCAGAGAAUCUUUUAGGGCAUUGAAGAAAUGGAUCUACUACAGCACAGAGGUUGCUCAGUCUGCAGCUGGAGAAAAGGUCUGCUCCAAGCAGGGUGAGAAUGGAACUGACUAGAAUAUUAAGCACUGAGUGCUCCUCCCCUGGGCUGUGUGUCCUGGGCAGUUAGGAAAUCUCUUGGCUCUCAGAUCUGUGCACUUUGCAGUCAGUCCUACCCUGUUUAACAGGAACUGACUACUCUCAUCUUCCUGAUGGAAAAUACUAAGGUGGAGCCCACUCUGCCACACCUCUCCAUUCAGUCAUCCAGGUCUGGGUACUUCACUAAAGCACUGUUAGAAGGUGCACAUGUGUUAAUAUCACUACUUACGGGAAGUUUGGGUAUAUUUGUUUAAUACCUGUAGAGUGCACAGUGAACUCUGUUAUUUUUAAGCAAAACUAGUCAUCAAUUUACAUCCAGUUUCUGAACUGAUGGUCUACUGUGAGAUGAUGUGUCUACUGAGAGAAUAGCAAAUGAUUGUUGGAAAAAAAAAUCUACUCGGUGUUGUUUUCUACUAAGAUAAAAAGACACUUGCACACCAGGCUCUCUGUUAUGGAAUUAAUGUGAAUUUAAAAAGGCAAUCAUUGUUUCUUUUAAGAGCAUUCAUGUCUAGUGAGGGAGUUUACAAAAGCCACUAAAAGGAAGACAUAGAUGAAAAUACAGAGGGCUAGGUCUAGUUUAGGUUUUUAGUCUUUUUAGUUUUUUGCUUUUUUUUUUUUUAAUUUUUAAGAUUCACAUUACUACUUUCAAGAGAACUGAUUUCCUUACUAUGUUCUUUUUGUGACUGAAAGGUCAUCCUAUUAAUAGAAGGAGUAGUAGCCACUUGUUCUUUCUUUUGCGGUGCUGGGAACUGAACCCAGGGCCUCGCACACGCUAGGCAAGCGCUUUAGGGCUGAGCCACACCUCCAGCCUGGAAGAUCCCCUUUAAUUGCUGGCAAACAGCUUUAAGUGCACUUUCUUUGAUUACACUUCAUGCUUUUUUUAAACUUGAAUUUUCUGAAGCCUCUUAUGUACCACUAAGCAAAUAACUUUAAUCUUUAAAUGUACCGGGUUUAUGUCCUUAGUUAUGUUUCUAAUUGUUACAAAACAUAAUUUCUAAAGUAACUUAAGCCCUCAAAUGUAGCUGGGAGACGUUAGAAAUAGAAUUCAGUUGCUUCCCCUGUACCCAGAAAAGCACUAAUUUUAUUACCUUAUUGCCUUUAUAUUGCUUAGUCUUGAAUUCUGUUCACUAUUUUGUUUGAGAUUUAAAGUUAUUUUCUUACUGUAUUUAUCAUACCUACUGUUUUAAUAAUCAGCCUUCUUUAAAUGCAAUAAAUCCCAAAUGGGUGGCUUAUUCUUUAUAA